AUGUCGACCUUCAAGAAGAGGAAGCUAAAUGGGACUGCGCCCUCGCCAGUCGUUGCGCCCCCGAAAACAAGACCUUCGAGCUCCAAGCCAUCGUCGCAGAAGCCCGCCCUGCAGCGACCCGAGCCCGAGUCGACCGAUGACGAAGUCGCUGAGGAAGAGACAAACACAACCGACGCCCACCACUCGAGCCCUGAGGCAGAGGAUGAGCCCACUACCGCUGGGGGAAGCAGCGAAGCAAAGAAGACGUUCGCCGACCUAGGCGUCCGAGAAGAGCUCUGCGAUGCCUGCGAGAACCUCAAAUUCACUACACCCACGCCUAUCCAAGUCCAGUCCAUCCCUCUAGCCCUCGAGGGACGCGACGUCAUUGGACUUGCCGAGACGGGGUCUGGCAAGACGGCCGCCUUUGUGCUGCCUAUCUUGCAGUCGCUGUUGGAGAAGCCCCAGGCUUUGUUUGGGCUGAUUAUGGCACCGACUCGCGAACUGGCAUACCAGAUUGCGCAGCAGGUCGAUGCCCUGGGCAGCAUCAUCAACGUCAAGUGCGCGACGCUGGUGGGUGGCAUGGACAUGGUUCCCCAGGCUAUUGCAUUGUCAAAGAGGCCCCAUAUCGUCGUCGCUACUCCUGGUCGCCUGCUCGAUCACCUCGAAAACACAAAAGGCUUCUCGCUAAAGUAUCUGAAAUAUCUGGUCCUUGACGAAGCUGAUCGCCUGCUCGACCUCGACUUCGGUCCCGUCCUGGACAAGAUCCUGAAAGUGCUGCCGAGAGAUGGACGACACACCUACCUUUUCUCGGCCACCAUGUCCUCAAAAGUCGAGAGUUUGCAGCGUGCAGCUCUCCAGAAUCCCGUCCGAGUCUCCAUAUCGAGCUCAUCACAUCAAGUCGUAUCUACGCUGCUGCAAAGAUAUUUCUUCCUGCCCCACAAGCACAAAGAUCUCUACCUCAUUCAUCUCCUAAACGACAACAUCGGCCACCCAACCAUCAUCUUCACUCGCACAGUCAACGAGACCCAACGCAUAGCCGUCCUUCUCCGCACCCUUGGCUUUGGCGCCAUUCCCCUGCACGGUCAGCUCUCGCAAUCCGCCCGUCUAGGUGCCCUCUCCAAGUUCAGAUCUAGGAGCAGAGAUAUCCUCGUAGCUACUGACGUCGCAUCCCGCGGUCUUGACAUCCCCUCUGUUGACCUAGUCGUCAAUCUUGAUCUGCCUUCCGACUCACAGACCUACGUGCACCGCGUUGGCCGAACCGCGCGAGCAGGCAAAUCCGGUAAAGCAGUGUCAUUUGUUACACAGUACGAUGUGGAGAUUUGGCUGAGGAUUGAGAAUGCCUUGGGCAGCAAGAUCGAAGAAGAGGUUAUAGACAAGGACGAGGCCAUGGUGUAUAUGGAGAGAGUCAGCGAGGCGCAGCGGGUGGCGAUCAGGGAGAUGAAAGAUAUACAUGAGCAGAGGGGAAAGGGUAGAGGUGGUGGUGGUGGUGGGAGGGGAAGGGGGGGUGGAUUCGCCAAGAGAGGGAGGGAUCACAUGGAUCGGGAGGAGGGAUGA